AUGGGAUCGAACGGUGGAACACAAAAACCUGUGUUCGAUGGAUUGUCAAGGCAAGGAUCUCUGUAUAACCUAACUUUAGAUAAGGUUCAGCAGCAAUUAAGCGAUUUAGGGAAACCUUUCAAUAGUAUGAACCUUGAUGAGUUUCUGAAGAAUGUUUGGAGUGCCAAAGCUAAUCAAGGAAUCAACAAUGGCUCCUCCCCUGAUUACUCCGAACUCACCCAACUUGCUUCUGCUUCAUCUUUGCCUAGACAAUUGAGCCUUAAAUUCACCAAGGAUUUAACCAAGAAGACAGUCGAUGAGGUCUGGCAAGAUAUCCAACAAGAUCAGAAGAAAACGAAGACGAAUGGUAGUGAGAGUAACAUUAAUAAUACUAGUAGUUGUAAGAGACAAGCUACUCUUGGUGAGAUGACACUCGAGGACUUCUUAGUCAAGGCAGGGAUCCUGUCUGAAUCUUCUUCUCCUGGUAAGAAGAACCAUGAGUAG